CAGCCACCGGGAGAGACCUACAGGCUGUUUGAUUCCGACGUCCUCGAUCCGCGAAUCAAGAGCAGCUCCGAGGACACAGACACCUCCACAUCAGAAAGAGAGGAUUGUCAGAAAGAUCCAGAUAACGAUUCAGAGAGAGAAGAGGUGGAUAAUCAGAAAAAUCCAGAGGAUGUGAAUAUUCAGAAAGAUUUAGAUAACUUGAAAGAUUCAGGAAAAGAGGAGAUGGACAGUCAGUUAGAUCUAGAAGAGAUGGAUUCUCAGAAAGAUCUAGAAGAGAUGGAUUCUCAGAGAGAUCCAGAUGAAGAUUUAGACAAGGAAGGAGAGCUGAGUGGUUACUGUGGAAAUAAUGAAGUGGAAACGUUCCAGGUGAAGGUAUGUGCCUCACCACAAACAAACAUCAUAGACUUAACAGAAUCUCAGUCCUCAUCAGAUUCCCAGCUGUCUGUCCAGGCAGCAGCAGAAAUGGAGGACAAAACUGAUGAUGGGAAAUGUUCAGAGCAGUCAUCAACAUUGCAUAAAAAGUCAGAUUCAACGCCAGAUCUUUCUAGUGAUAGAAAAAAUGAUGAAAGUCAAUCAACUUUAUCACAGAAAAAUGUGGGAAAUGCAGAAAAUUCCUCCUUGGUGGACUCGAAUGAAGCUAAUCCUAGUGAAAACAGGCAGACUGAAACAGCAAAAGGAAUUCUUAAUUUUUCUUUUGUUGAGAAUAAGGAAACGAAUGAGAAAUGUGAUCAAUCUCCCGCUCAGGAUUUAACUGUUGAGAAUAACCCUACAGCUCAGAAUUCAAAUGAGAAAUGUGUUCAGUCUCCCUCACAGGAUUUAUGUUUGGAGAAUAACCCUACAGCUCAGAAAUCAAAUGAGAAAUGUGUUCAAUCUCCCUCACAGGAUUUAUGUUUGGAGAAUAACCCUACAACCCAGAAAACAAAUGAGAAAUGUGUUCAGUCUCCCUCACAGGAAUCCAGUGCGGAAAGUGGUCCCCCAAGUAACAAGAGCUCAGAUCUAGAAAAUAUGCUGCCUGCUUCGGACAACAAAAGAUGCCCUGAGUCAGAGGACAGCAGAAAAACCUCUCAAUUUGAAGGUCAUAUGACAAGGUCAAGGUCCUCUAGUGAUAGUAGCUGCAGAAAGCAAGCUAAAGCAGAAAAAUCAAAAAACAAGAAACUGAGUGAGUCUGAUAAUGAAAAAACGAGGAAAUCUGUUCGAAUCUGUCGCAGAGAAAGAAAGAGGAAACAGGAAAUACCAGGUGUGGAUUACUUAGUAACAGGAAAGUUCAAAGGUCAUAAAAAAAUGACAGUUCAGCUAAAAAAAUUAAAUAUAUCAAAUGGAACUGUAGUCAAAUUAUCUCAAGAUUUCUCAUUUAACUCACUCUUUCAGAAAAAUGGAUUAAGUCAGAACAAAACCGUUCAAGCGCCAGAGAUGGCGUCUCAUGAAUUGUUUUGUGACAAUAUCUUCGAAAAAUUUAAAUCCUUACAAGACUCAAAAUUUUUUGGAAAUAUAGUUUCUGAUGAUUCAUCCAAAGAUUCCACUUAUUUUCAGCCGAGAAAAAGCCGCUUGUCCCUGUUAAGAAGAAGCCGACCAAACGAUGACGUGAUCGAGAUCAGUAGCUCGGAGGACGAGCGGGAAACGCCUGGUCUAGAUCUACAGCCCGUGAUAAACAGUGACUGGACGUCUAAUGAUUCUGUGAUAUUUAUAGACAAUGAUAUCGAUGAUAAUGAUGAUGAUAAUGACGAAAUGGACGAUGGGAAAGACAGUUGUGAAGAAAACUCUGUAAACAGCAGGCCAGCCAAAACUACUACUAAAUAUGUCAAGAAGAAGAAAAAGUUGAGCAAGAGUCGUAAAAUUCAUACAGCCUUUAACGGAGCGAGUUACAGGGCCAGGAAGAGACGAUCUCGAUCUCACUCAGGUAAACUGAUGACAAGUCUGUCUGUGCUGCAUCAGGCCACCCUGGCUAAUCUGAUGGACGUGGCUCCGUCUUACUGCGACGCGACUGAUGACUACAGAACUAAGUAUGACGACGCCCUGUAUACUAUGUCUCUUUAUUCACCCCCACCCCAGGAACUAGAAAAGUCCCCUCCCCGACCCUACAGCCCGACAGAUCUCGGAGACAUUGAUUCCUCACCAGAGAAAACUAACGUGUUUAAUGAUCUACACCAAGCUUUGAUGUCUGAUGAGGAGAGCAGGUCACCAGUUUAUUCACCAAUCAAGUCAUCACAGUUGGUGAGUGUUAAUGUAUCCCCUGUAAAGAAAGUCUCCUCUCUGAGUUUAAGUGACUUGGACUUAAGCAAUCAAAUUGCUGAAGAAAAAACAGAAAAUGAAUGCUGUUUUAACAAGGCAGAUGAGCUUAAAAGAGAUGCAGAGGAAGUAAAGGACAGAGAUGUUCAAAAUGUGGACUUCAGAAAGAGACAGAAUGAGGGGUCAUCUCAGGAGCUUUGUGUUAAUGCUGACCGUAUUUCAUUGAAAUCCUCAUCCCAGACAGAUUUACAGACCAGAACUAAUGAGGAUCAAUGUAAGGGUUUUAUUCCAGAGAAAUUAACAACAGAACUGGUAUUCAAUGUGACAAAUAAAGGUACAUAUCCCAGAGGAUCUAAAAUUGGACCUUUACAUUUCAAACGUAAGGCAAUUGUGAAGUUACAGCCUUUAACAGAGCGAGAGAUAAAACGGUACUGCUUUAGGACCAUCUGCUCUGGGAAGGAGAACGUGCCUGUCGUCAGUGACAACGAGAGCUUCUCCCCCCCAGACCUGGGCCCCCCUAUCAUUCAAAAGUACGGGAAAUAUACCAAGGAGGAUUCCAAAAGUCCACCCAACCUUGUCAGAAACGACCAAUUUAUGGAUUCCGAAGAAAGUGGAACACCUGAUUUGCUGGAAGUUCGUGAAUCAGAACAGAAUGAAGAGAGAAUGCCAGUAGUUAAUGGAUCAGAAAUCAUGUCCAUGGCUAACCACAGAACAAUGAAAGGAACCGAUGAAAAAGGUCUGCCAAAACCAGGGACUGGGGAAACUCAGGUGGAGGAUCAGUCUAGUAUCGACCGAGGAACCCAGCAACCGGACGGGUGUCAUAGAAACCAGGAGAAGAUAACCAGGAAAAGGAGACCAUCUCCACCACAGGGGCACGGACAGAAAAUGUUCCGAUCGUUGUCACCACCCAGGAGGAGAGUCCUGAGACCGAGGGAAGCCCCGCCCACCAGACUGAGGGUGGAGGAAACGGCGGGACAGUACGGACUUCUCACCGUCGUCCACCAGGACGCCUUCUGUAGCAACGCUGACGAUGUCCCCGAAAAACCAAGGGAGGUGGGUGGGAGAAUCCUAACUCUACAGUCCAAUAGGAUGACAGGGUUGAUGGAAUACUUGAGUACGGUGGCCUGUGAGGGACUGUCCACAAUCAGACAAAUCCUGGCCGCCACUGACCGCAUCCUGCCCUCACAGUCAGACAAUCAAACCCUCAUGGACUCCAUCACAAGAGACCACACCCUCCGAUGCUCGGUGCUCGGUGACCGACUGGUUACCAUGGUACCCUGUAAACAGGCCCCAUCGCCGGCCAGCGUGAGAUCCUGGUUAGAGAAGAAAGAACUAUACAGGCAACAGAAGACAAAGGAAAAGUCCGGGAAAAGUCAGGAGAGUGACUCCCGAGAGAAAGGAAAAGAAUGCAGUGAUUCACAGGAAAAUGGGAAAUCUGUGGAAUUUACUAAGAUAGUGACACUAACCCCACAUCAGCAGAAAGUGGAGGAUUUAGGUAUAAACAUUACUGAAACACCAAAACAAAGGUUUCUUACCAGAGAAGUUAGCUUUAAUGAGACAACUGAAAUAUUUCAUGUUGAUGAUGACAGUUUUUCCCCAGUGAAACAUAAUGGUGAAACAAGUAUGUGUUUAGAAAGUACACCACCAGCUUGUCAAGAGAGGGAAUCGAACUCAGUGUUUAAAUCCCCGGACUCUGACGAUGAGGAUAUAAUCAGUCCCUCCCCUCCCCAGCAGGCCAUGUCCUCAUUCAGAAGACGAGCGGACAUCAUCAGCCCCUCCCCACCCAAAACAACGAUAAGAUCAAUAAGGAAGGACUCUCAACAGCUGGGAAAAUCCCUGACAUCCAGAAUGAGGCUUAGCCAGAUGUCGUCUGCAACACUCCCAAAAAAGCAGUCAUGUGACUUAGUACGGAGAAAUUUGAUUGGCUCCUCACAUAGCACCCCAGUAUCUUCACGGGAUCAAAAAUCUCUGAUAGAGGGAAUCAAUGUGACUCCAAUCUCUGGCAAUGUAGAUGCAGACAAGAAAGUUAGAUUAAGUGAAGAGACUUCUGGAGAAUUUCAGACCCCACGUAGAGUAACAUUACCCAGGAAACAGUCGGUAGAAAAAGGAGAUCCUAGACGAUCACUGAUGUCCUCAGCUGAAAUGAGGGAUAUGGCUACCCCCACAAACUCGAAAGGGAAUGUGUCUCAGAUCGAUGGACCCACCCCAAAGAAUUCGUUUGGAUUUAAAGUCAGUCAGCACAACUUCCAGGAUGCAAAAGCACUUCACGAGAUACAGAACCUGACAGUGAUGAGUCUUGAGCUACACGCAGAGACGCGACGUGACCUGAUGCCUGACCCCGAGAUUGACCCCAUCCUCGCCAUCUUCUACAACAUUUUCAGUGACGUGUCUGCGGAGGACAAAAAGUGUGACAUCACCGGGGUCAUUCUGGUGGACAGGAAGUCCAAGGAAAGCCAGGAAGCCAUGAAAAAUAGUAAGAAAUCAACCGUCACCCAACCCACAUCUCCACAGCCCUCCACGUCGCAUGACACAGGGUCAAAGGUCAGGUCAUCCGAUCAACCUUCAACCUCCUACCAGCGGGCCCCCUCCCCACAACCCUCCACAUCAAGUCACCCUGCUCCAUCACAGAAAGGGAAAAGGUCAAGGUCACGAAGCCCCUCCCCCAAACCAGUGCGAAAGAUCCCCAAGGCGUCGGAGAUAGAAGACACAGUGCUGCAGAAAUCCGGGGUGAAUGAAGACUUGGAAGUCACUUAUGUGGAAAAUGAAGAGGAACUGUUUCAAGAAGUCCUCAAGUUGUUCUCCAAGUGGGACCCCGAUAUUCUGGUGGGGUUUGAGAUUCAGAAGUUGUCCUGGGGUUACCUGUUACAGCGAGCCUCACAUCUCAGUGUUAACCUGUGUGCUCAGAUGUCUAGGAUACCAGAUGAGAAGAAGAAGAGCAGUUUUAAGGCAGAGAGUGAUGAAUGGGGAGCAGACCACUCCUCUGAGAUCCACCUCGCUGGACGUAUCAUCCUGAAUCUGUGGAGGAUCCUAAGACAUGAGGUGACGCUGAACAUUUACACAUUUGAGAAUAUAGCCCACCAUGUGAUUCACAAGAGGGUGCCUCAUUACAGCUUCCAGACCCUCAACUCCUGGUUCAAACACAGAACACAUCUGUACAGGUGGCGCUUCAUUAGGUACUACUUAAUUCGAGUACAGAGUAACUUAAAAAUCAUAGACCAGCUGGACCUGAUUGGGAGGACAAGCGAGUUUGCACGAGUAUUCGGGAUCGAGUUUUACCAUGUUCUCUCCAGAGGCUCACAGUACCGUGUGGAGUCUAUGAUGUUGAGGUUAGCCAAACCUAUGAAUUUUAUUCCCGCCUCCCCCAGCGUUCAGCAGAGAGCCCGUAUGAGGGCCCCCGAGUGUAUCCCCCUGACCCUGGAGCCCGAGUCUCGUUUCUAUGCCAACCCUGUGGUUGUCCUUGACUUCCAGUCCUUGUACCCCUCCAUUAUGAUUGCGUACAACUACUGCUUCUCCACCUGUGUGGGCAGACUGGACUUCCUGGAGUCAGCCCAUGAUGGCCCAAUAGAGUUUGGAUGUACUCAUCUGCGUAUCUCUCCUAAAACCCUUAAUAGAAUAAAGAAUGACGUAACUGUGUCUCCCAAUGGAGUUGUGUUUGUUAAGGAGCAUGUCAGAAAAGGGAUCAUCUCCAAAAUGGUUGAAGAGAUUCUGAACACUCGUAUUAUGGUGAAGAAAUCGAUGAAGGAGCAUAAAGAUGAUAAAGGAUUGUAUCGCCUUCUGGACGCUCGACAAAUGGGACUCAAACUCAUUGCCAACGUUACAUAUGGUUACACAGGGGCUAACUUCUCCGGGAGAAUGCCAUGUAUUGAGGUUGGGGACAGCAUUGUGAGGAAGGCUCGAGAGACCCUGGAACGAGCGAUCCGAUUGGUGGAGGAUAGGCCGGAGUGGGGGGCGCGAGUUGUCUAUGGUGACACGGACAGUAUGUUUAUUGAAAUGAAGGGUAAAAGUAAAGAAGAGGCCUUCACCAUUGGACAUGAAAUCUGUGAUGCUGUAACAGCUAUGAACCCGAAGCCAAUCAAACUGAAGUUUGAAAAGGUAUAUUACCCGUGUGUCUUACAAACAAAGAAGCGAUACGUGGGUUACAGUUACGAGACCGUGGACCAGAAGGAACCCGUGUUUGACGCCAAGGGGAUCGAGACAGUCCGACGAGACUCGUGUUCAGCCGUAUCCAAGAUUCUGGAGCGAUCUAUCAAGAUUCUGUUUGGAUGUAAGGAUGUAUCUAAAGUGAAGGACUAUGUAUUACGUCAGUGCCAGAAGUUCAUGGAAGGAAAAGUCAGCAUGCAGGACUGUAUAUUUGCCAAGGAGUACCGCGGAAUGAAGGGUUAUAAACCUGGAGCUUGUGUACCGGCCCUGGAGAUUGCCAAGAAGUUACUGAGACACGACAGACGAGCGGAGCCGCGUACCGGGGAGCGAGUUCCGUAUGUAAUUAUCUACGGCAGUCCGGGACUUCCUCUGAUACAGUUAGUACGACAGCCACACGAGGUCCUCGCUGACCCGUCCCUGAGACUGAAUGCCACGUAUUACAUCACCAAACAGAUCCUGCCACCACUAGACCGACUCUUCUCUCUCAUCGGGGUCGAUGUCUUCUCAUGGUAUAAUGACAUGCCAAAAGUUGUGCGAGUCGUGCCGUCCGCUCUCCUUGCUCCUGACCAGAAGAAGGGAACUAUUUCUCAGUACUUCUCAGCCACCAACUGUCCUGUGUGUGACAGACAGACCAAUCAGGCGAUCUGUAACAGCUGUAUUAAGGACCCUCAGAAUGUUUGUGUCACCCUCUGUGAUAGGAUCAGGAAAUGGGAGAAGGUCUACUCUGACCUGGUCAAGGUGUGUAAUACUUGUAUGGGAGCUCAGGAUGAGAAUCAGCCAUGCGUAUCGCUGGACUGUCCAAUCAUGUUCCGUCGUGUUCUAGCGAAACAAGAUGUGCAGAAAGGGACACAACUCCGAGAGGUUGUCAACAAAGCAUUGGAUUUUUGAUUUUGACUGCCACUUGAGUUACUUUUUUGGAUGAGAUGUAACUAAUACUUGACAUGUACAGUAAA